AAGUCAUUUUAUUUUCUUUAGGGAAGGGGAUCUUAUUCUCUCAAGUGUUAUGUGAUGCCCUUGCCUAAAAAGUCUUCCCAUUAACUGAGUUGGCCUGAAGGUCAUAAACCAUAAUCAAUAGGAGGAGGGCUGGUUGCUGCAAGGUGCUAAUUGACAUCCCCUAAGAGGAACAGUGUCAACAAUCAAUAAAGGAGACACGGCAUAGGUAGAUUUAUGGCUUUGAUUUUGAAAGGGUGCAGGAAUGCCCAGUGAUGCUCUUCCCUGCACUGCUUUUGAAUGUUAAUGUUUUCUGGAGGAUGAUUUCAGACUCACUGCGAGGAUACUGCCUCUACUCACUGAAGCAGAAUCCUCUGAAGAGUUGCUGAGGCAGAACUGAAAUCAUGGCUUUGCCUCCAAGAAGCAGCGGUAGUGGCCGUUAACGAUGCCUCGCGCGGGAGGAAGAUGCCCCUUUAACUCGGGGCUUUUAAUGGGAAGUUUCUGAGCCUGAGACAACAGCUUUGGAGCUGGGGUGUGCCAUCGGCGGCUGCUCUCACAGCUACCUCUGUCUCCUGCUUGAACUCAGCCGGGCUGGGAAGAAUGGAAUGGAGACAGGCUUCUAACUACCUGUAACUGCUUCACCAGGAGAUGGAUCAAGCAGUUUGCCCAGCCAGAUCCAGCAUACACCAUUGGACCUGGCAGAGAGAAGACACAGAUGCUCCAAAUGAUGGGGAAAGCCCACCAGACACUGUUAUAACACAGCCUCUCCAGGGAGCAGCCACCAUGAUCUCUGCAAACUGAUGAUGGAAGAGAGGGGAACCAGGAAAUUCUGUGCUCUGGAGUCUCUGAAUGAUGGAUGGAGGACAGCCCAUCCCUUCACCCCUGGUACCCUUUGGGAACGCAUCAGAUUCUAGCAUGUCUCUGGAACAGAAAACAACAUUUGUUUUUGUGAUUUUGUUGUUUAUCUUUUUGGGCAUCCUCAUUGUCAGGUGCUUCCGGAUUCUUCUAGACCCAUAUCGGAGCAUGCCAACCUCAACCUGGGCUGAUGGUCUUGAAGGCCUAGAGAAAGGGCAGUUUGAUCAUGCCCUUGCUUAGCAGGGACAGAGUAGGCUGCCCUCCUAAGGAGGCAAAGUGCUUUAGGUCUGAGCGAAGCUUCCUUUUCAUUAAUGUUCUCAACAAAUCAAAUUUUAACCAUCUCUGGUCCUAAGGCAAUGAUCCAUUAUUUCAUAGCCAUGCUAUUGUGUCUCAUUUGAGGAUAAUGGAAAGUUUACAUUACCGACCCCAAGUAGGAAGGAACAGACAUUUGUGUUUACUCAGUGAACGACUGUUGUUGAAGAUGUGAUUGGAAAACCAAGAGCACCAAAACUAGACUUUGCCAUCAACCGAAGCAAUCUGUGAUCAGAACAGAGAACAAACAAUAAGAGAAACUCUGAUCAGAGUCAGGAUCAAGCAUAGAAGAUAUCACCUUGCUCAAAUCCCGUGUCUCAUUUUUAUUUCAUGCACAUUUAGGUCCUGGGCAGUGCAGAGACAAUCACAAUUGGGUACUUACUUUCUCCCACGGGGAGCUCUAAGAAGCAAUGGUAGGCUUAGGAAAGAUAGUUAUUUACUUGGUAACUCUGGAUGAGAAUGUUAUCAUUUGCAUUUGGAAAUAACAUUAAACUCAAAAGUCUACAGAGUUUUGAAAUGACCAGGCCUAAUUCAGUCUCUGUAUUCCUAUGUCUAACACAUGUAGAUGCACUGAUGUAUAGUUUGAAUUUAUUGUCUUUACAUUUCUGGUGAAACUAAUGGGUUACAAGUGCAACUUCAAGGUUUUGUUUUUAAAGGAAGUUGAUUGCUUAGCGAGAAGACUAUGGUUAUAAGAGGCGUAUGUGUUUAUAUCUGUAUAUGGUUAUCAAAUAAAAGUUUUCAAAAUGCAA